AAUCAGGUCACCACCCAACGUGAAAGGCAAAAAAGCUUCUUACUUAACGACCAAGGAAGCAAGGGAAGAAGCCACAGUCGGGCUUUGGUGGACGCAGGGCUGGCAAACCCAAAGUGCGGGUUGACACAGAUAGGGAAAGAAACGAGGAUUGGAGGAGUGGAGGGAAGCAUCUCCUAACGACAGCCACACUUUCCCUGGGUCCCCAAACUUGCCAGUUUCCGUCUCGGAAACUCACAAUUCACGGAGGGCUAGCCUAAAGCCCCGAGCUGCUAAUGGGUGGAGCUCUCUCUUCUCCGCCCCACCUAUGGGAGCUGGCUUCCUCUGCACCUACCGCACCCCUUACUAGCAGCGCUUUACAAUCACCCCAGAUUUUACCACCCCACUUCCCACCCCCAGCAGGUCCAGAUCGUCUGUCCUCUCCUAACUGGACCCUCCUGCUAGGUCUGGCCGCCCUGGGAGAGGCACCGAGAGAAAGUGCCCCUUUCUCCCCUAUAGCUUUGUGGGGAACCCGGGUCCGCGCUCCUUUGCUUUCAUCUUUCCGCCCGCCCUCCUCUGGUCCUGCUGAGCUUCACUCUCUGUAAGGCUCUCCUCCUAAGAGCUGGAGGCAGGGAGAGAAAGCGUGUGUAUUUCUUACUAGUCACGGAGGGGAGAGCCCUGAAGGACAGAGACCCAGCACCACCUCCUCCAAUUUCUCUUCCCAGCUUUCCUUCACUUGGAAAACAGGACACGGACAGAACAUCUAACUUCAAACAGCCAUCAGGGAGGACCGAGGAAAGAGAAAAAAGAAGAGCUUGAUUGGUGAAUAGCCUAGCACUUAGUGGAAGCCCAUUUGCUUGAAGAUCGUGCCCUCUCCCUCUCAAGAAAUUAUCCUGACGCUGCCCACAAAAGCAACACUGAGGAAAGAAGCUAAAGAAUAAGAGAACACGGAAUUUGUAAAGUGAACACUUUACUUGGAACCAAAAUGGUGAGCGAGAGUGAAAGUCACCAUGAGGCCCUGGCAGCCCCCCCAGUGACAACUACUGCACCUGUGCUCCCACAUAAUGUCACCGAACCAGCCACCCCAGGAGAAGGGAAGGAAGAUGCUUUUUCUAAGAUUAAGGAGAAAUUUAUGAAUGAGUUGAAUAAAAUUCCAUUGCCACCAUGGGCCUUAAUAGCCAUAGCCAUAGUCGCAGUCCUCUUAAUCUUGACCUGCUGCUUUUGUAUCUGUAAGAAAUGCUUAUUCAAGAAGAAGAACAAGAAGAAGGGAAAGGAAAAGGGUGGGAAAAAUGCCAUAAACAUGAAAGAUGUGAAGGACUUGGGGAAGACCAUGAAAGAUCAGGAUGAUGAUGCUGAAACUGGCUUGACUGAUGGAGAAGAAAAAGAAGAACCAAAAGAAGAAGAAAAACUAGGAAAACUUCAGUACUCUUUGGAUUAUGACUUCCAGAAUAACCAGCUCUUGGUAGGAAUCAUUCAAGCAGCUGAGCUUCCUGCCCUAGAUAUGGGUGGUACAUCAGAUCCCUACGUGAAAGUGUUCCUGCUGCCUGAUAAGAAGAAGAAAUUUGAGACAAAAGUCCACAGAAAGACUCUUAAUCCUGUCUUCAAUGAGCAAUUUACUUUCAAGGUGCCCUACUCGGAAUUGGGAGGGAAAACUCUGGUGAUGGCAGUCUAUGAUUUUGACCGUUUCUCCAAGCAUGAUAUCAUUGGGGAGUUUAAAGUAGCCAUGAAUACAGUGGACUUUGGCCAUGUGACUGAAGAGUGGAGGGAUUUGCAAAGUGCUGAGAAGGAAGAGCAAGAGAAGUUGGGUGAUAUCUGUUUCUCUCUCCGUUAUGUACCCACUGCUGGCAAGCUGACUGUCGUCAUCCUAGAGGCAAAGAAUCUGAAGAAGAUGGAUGUGGGCGGCUUAUCGGACCCUUAUGUGAAGAUUCACCUGAUGCAGAAUGGCAAAAGACUGAAGAAGAAAAAGACCACGAUUAAGAAGAACACUCUGAAUCCCUACUAUAAUGAGUCAUUCAGCUUUGAAGUCCCCUUCGAGCAAAUCCAGAAAGUGCAAGUUGUGGUAACUGUUUUGGACUAUGACAAGAUUGGCAAGAACGAUGCCAUCGGCAAGGUGUUUGUGGGCUACAACAGCACCGGCGCGGAACUUCGGCAUUGGUCAGACAUGUUGGCCAACCCCAGGCGACCCAUUGCACAGUGGCACACCUUACAGGUUGAGGAGGAGGUGGAUGCCAUGCUUGCCGUCAAGAAAUAAAGGGAACAAAAGAAGCCUUUCUGCAUUUGCCCACCUAGUGCUCUUUAGCCAGUAUCUGUAAAUACCUCAGUAAUAUGGGUCCUUUCAUUUCCAGCCAUGCAUUCCUAACCUAAAUCAGUGGUCCUCUUUUAAUUUGCACAACUUUAAAUGUAGAGAGCCCCCUAAGACCUUUGUCCCCCUACUGCCCCCCAAAUCUACUCUUCUUUUAAGCAAUAUGAUGUGUAGAUAGAGCAUGACGGAAAUUAUUUAUUGUAUCACAUUGUUGUAUAUACCAGUAUGCUAAAAAUUUAUUUCUAGUUUGUGUAUUUGUAUGUCGUACAAGUUUCCUAAUCUGUGUAUAUCUAGAUGUUUUUAAUAAGAUGUUCUAUUUUAAAUUAUGUAAAUUGACUGAGAUAUAGGAGAGCUGAUAAUAUAUAUUAGGGUUAAAUAUUGUAUCGUCUGCAUUCCAGCAAAAAUUCCAACUCGUAAGGCACUAGUACAGUUACAGUGAUAUCUUCUUAAAGGACAACUUAAAUCUGAGCUUUCAACUGAACCAUUCAAAUAACUGGAUAUACUUACAUUGCACACUUGGAGGGGGUAGAUCCUAUUUUGUAGAAUUCCUUCACAGGCAACUUAGCAUGAUCUGAGCAGCUCCACAGCUGACCUCAAGGAAGCGUAGCCACAAGCCAAUAGAGUAUAGCAUUUGUCUGUAAAUACCUUCCAAAGCUGAAAUCCUGGCUUUCCAUUUGCCAGUUGAAGAAGCAGUUGAGUGGGAGAAAUGAUUGCGUAUUCUUGCACCUAGAGUAAAUAACAUGAUAACGGUGUUUGGGGAGUGUGUGUACAUGUAUGUUUGUUGUGGGGAGGGGGGGUUGGGGAAGGGUAAAAGCUGGGAGGAGGGGGAGAAGUCAGCAUUCGUGAAAUGCCUCCUGACCAUCCAAGAAGACGCUCUCCAUUCUCACCUUUAUAUAAAAUGUGCAUCCUGGGGAUUCUGUUGGAGAUUUCCCAUUCGGGAUGAACUCUUAAUGGGUUUGCACAUUAGACUUUAUAACAAAAUAUUUUAUUAUACGAAACCAGGUUAGAAGGAAUGCAGAAUAUUUUUAAACACAGCAAUCUGUGCUUAUUACAUGAACUGACUUUGUGGUCAACAGUAUUGUAAUCCCAUCAAGAAAAAAAAAAAGACGAAAUUUAGCCAUAGUUCUGAAUGCACUUCGAUAAAGCCAAAACAGCUAGUGAUCUUUUUAUAUGCUCUUUUUACUGAAAUGAGUUUUAAUUUGUCCUUUAAAAAAAAAAGAUGAAACAAAACAAAGAACAAGUUCUAGAAAACAGAAGCAAUCUCUUAGUAUAUUAGAUGCUCGUUUCAGGAGGAAUUUUUAAAUGUUUUCAAUGUUAUUAUGUAGUAAUGGCACUAUUAUGAAGCUAUUCGUCAUUCCAUAAGAGUCUUAAAAGACUGCUCUGUGUAUCACUGUGACUGCCGUGUGUGCUUAGAAACCUAGUUUUCUCAGUGGAUAGCAAUCAAUUUAUCCCGUAGUGAUAUUGUUAUAAUACUGCCAUUCCCUUCUAUACUGCACUGCCGGAGGCCCGCGUAGCACCAACAGUUCUAGUUACGAGUGGACCAAUCCAGAACUGAAGAGCUACACAUUGGACAGAAUGGGUGGACCACACAGCAUAUCGUUGAACACUGUGCAAUAUUUCAUACCUUUGCCCACCCUGGUAGGUCAUUGCCUUCCUUCCCAAAAGGGCAAUCUACCAUCUCAUUCUGCAUCGACUCUUUUUCCGCCUCACUUCAGACUUUCUCUCUCCCAAGACCCAAUUUGGGGUUUCCUAGGUCACAGAUAGCAACAAUUCUCUGAAGUGAAAGUUCAUUUUCCGACAAAUCAAAAGCAUCUAACCUUGGCCUCACGUUCCAAAUUAAUUACACCUGUCUUCAUACCAGCAUGUCGUGUUCCUCACUAACUCCAAGGAAAACCAGCUAGGGCUGCUUCAGGCAUUCCCAGCUAUCUCCCGAUGAAUGGAGGAGGUCCUUUCUUUAGUCUUCCUUGAUAAAGGAUGAGAUGGGUCCUUUGGUUAUUCAGCCCAGUCAAGGCAAAAAGCCACCAAACUCUUUGGAACUGGGACAAGCGUAGAAUGAAAAACGAAGAUUGGGGAGGGAGAGGGGACGAUUCUCUCUCCUGACUUUAUCGUCCCUAAGCCAUAUUUCCUUUUCCUUUGUUUCCCACAGAAGAGGCAUCCUAGGAGAAUAAAUAAAUGCCUCUGUAUGUAAGAGAAAAACAAAAUCAAACAGGACUCAUUUUAAUCAAUGUUAAGGGACCAAACCCUACCAAAGAGAGGGACUAGAUCGACUUUUAGAUUGAUGUUUGUGCAUAACACAGAGACUUAAUUCCAUCCUAUCCAGCUUUGAGUUGUUCAUAGAGCAGAACACAGAAACAAGCAGGUUCAAGCUGCCAGAUAAAUACACAUUCUCUAUCGGUUAAGUACUCUUAACGUAUUCUCUUCCAACACUGCCAGACACACUGUUGCCGUAGUAGAAUUGGUUGGUACUCUUUGCCAUCAUGCCCAUGACAGUGACUGAACCUGCUUUGUGACCAAGAUGACCAUCCAUCCUCAGAUAAGCCCCAUGUACCUUUCUGACAAAGCUGUGUAAAGUAUUAGAAAUCUGAUGCUGUAGAGAGAUCCUAGUUGCCUUUUGUGUAUAUUUACUGCCUGCUUGAGUGUUCCUAUAUGUGGGUUUUCUCUGUAUCUCGUAGAAAUGUUGGGGUAUUCUAUCCUGCCAUAACGGCCCGUGGCCCGCGAGCCGACAACUUUAGCUGUAUUUUACCUUCAUUUUUUGACGAGGUGGUUAAAAUUUUGUUUCUCUUUGUGUAGUGAAUCCCACAGUAGUUUUCUGAUUGUUGUUACCAAUGACUUGACCUAUUACACAGAUAUUCAAUAAAAAUGUUUUAUUUCCUGUU